AAGAGCUCAUGCAAUCACCUGUUUCUGCUGGGACAUUGUUCCCGGCUACAAGCUUGCCUCUUGGGCAGGCUUUUAGAUGAGGAGGAAGAGACAAGAAAUAACUCGAGCCUUCGAAAUUUGGACAGAAAUGCAUAAGCUCUGAUACCAUUUUCCCCCGAACGAAAUAAUCCAUAUUUCAUCCAGGAGCAGGAAAGUAUAGAGAACGAGCCACAUCCGAAUAUUGACAUGCAUUCUGUAGAGGAGCAUCGAACGAACGUUCCUGUCACAAUUACAAACAGCAAUUCGGAAGGGAGAGAAAAGCAAGUGACGGAAAUUUUGGUUUUGGUUUGCUUCAAACUUCCGAAUUGCUCCUCACCUUGAAGCUGAGGAGCAAAGGACUGAACCUCCCGAAAGGACUCAGAUUGAAUGUGCGUUGGAUAAAGCGGAAUUAGAGUUGAACUCAGUUGAAUUGCAAGAGCUUCAUUCCAGCAUAUGUCCGAAACAGAACCCAGUUUGUUGUGAAUGAGUUUGCUGGGAAUCAUCCCAUGGCUCCGUUUUGAAUAAGUCUCAGAGAAUAGGACGUAGCCUCGGCAGCAGUGCGGUGGCCAGUUGUUCUCGAUUAUCUGAAUAUAGUGGAGGAAAUUGGCUUCUCGUGCAUCAUGCAUCUGGUCUUGCGGUGUUGUACAAAGCAACCUCGGCCAGCGUUCGUCGACCGUAAAUCAUUCCGGAUCAUUGACACAGCGCCUUGUUUCGUAACAACUGGGUACAGAAUCAAUAGCUGGAAAAGGCUUUGGACCAGCUCCAUUACUGCAACUGUUGCAAAAUCUACUGUUUCUGGAGGAGGCAGAACCGUCAUGGAAGAAGAUGCGGAAAUUGAUGCGAAGAGCAGCAGCAAGUUCCCACUGCCACAGGUGUUUCUACAAUUUCUGCAACAAAAUGGAAUCGACCCUGCUGUAUAUGAUGAUGCCCAUAAUCUGCCUCGAUACAUCAGGUUGAAACCCCAAGCUGGAGUAGAAGAAAUAGAAGAAAUCGAAAAGGAUUUGGGUGUUAAUCUGUCAGCAUUGUCAUGGCUGCCAGGCUUUUACAGUAUACCUCCGGAGGUGCAAAUUGCUGGGUCCAAGUCGUAUCAGGAGGGAAAGAUAUAUGGCAUGGAUGCCGCUUCUGGAGCAGCAGUAGCUGCCCUAGAAAUAUCACCAGGAGAUCAUGUCCUUGACCUCUGUGCUGCACCUGGUGCAAAGCUGUGCAUGCUCGCUGACCUUCUGAAAGACUCUGGCAGCUUAACAGCUACAGAUAUCUCUGCACACCGACUGGCAGCAUCUCGCACAAUGCUGAUAAAGUAUGAUCUUGGUAAUCGGUGCCGACUUUUCCUGGCUGACGGGACAACAUUUUCUCUUCUUCCUUUGAGAGGAGGAGUCGAUGGGAAUGCUACCAAAGUGGAAGAGGAAAAGCCUGCUCUUGAUAAUCCUGAUGAGAUAACCAAACGUCGUUACGAUCCUACAGGUACUCUGUACGUUGAUUCCACAGUUUAUGGGGAAUGGAAAGGUACAAAGACAGCGAAAGAGAAGAAGGCGGCCAAAAGGUUGAAGUAUAUGGAAGAUGCACUGGAUAGGGUUGGUGGCAGAGAAUCGGAACUAAUUUUCUACGGCAAGGCUUCUGGAAUUGUCGGCAUGAAAGUGGCUGAUGUCUUCCGAAGCCACUCGCUUUUGGAGGAUGAAGUUUCGCACAAUGGAUAUGACAAGGUUUUGGUUGAUGCUGAAUGCACUCACGAUGGAUCGUUGAAGCACAUCAGCAAGUACGAACAAUGGGGUUGGGAUACAUUUGAACGCCGCUUUUUCAAUGCCGGACGAAUGUCUUCAAUCACUUCCCUUCAAUUGCAGUUGCUGCGAAAUGGUUUCAGUCUAUUGAGACCCGGAGGAAAGAUUGUGUACAGUACUUGCAGUCUGACAAAAGCACAAAAUGAAGACGUCGUGCAAAAGUUCCUCGACCUUGAGCCUUCUGCUGAACUGCGGGUUAUAAAAGGUUCGGAGAACUGGCCCUGCAAAAAUGGAGGACUUCCACACACAUUGAGGUUCAAUCCAAGCAGCUCAAAAACAAGUGGCCUUUUCAUUGCGCAGAUACACAAGCACGAUCGGCUUAGAUUUGAGUAAGGCCUGAUUGAGACCUUCACACGGAACCUUUCACUACUGUAAAGACGUGCAACCGAUUUUCUAAGGGAUUGCGAUUGGAAGAAUCAUACUUUGUCUGAGCUAUAAGCGAAGAUGACAAAGCUUACAAGUGUACACCAUCCACUAGAAUUCAAGUGGUGUUCUCACUGCAAAAUUGCACAAGGUGAGGUCUUCCCAGCAUUUUCUCUGCACUUAUUUACAACGUAAAUUGUCUCUGCAAUUUUCGAAGUGUCAAUAUGGCCUGUUAUGUAUUAUAAAAAAAGUGCUUCGGUUCAAGAGGCAUUAGUCUCACAUGUUAGCUAAAUUCUUGUAUCCAAGUGUCUUGAGACAGUAUUUGGGAACGACCUAUCUAUCAGUAGUUUGCGCAAUUACGUACGGAAAUAUGUUACUGAUCAUAAAAUCCUUCCUUUGGUCGGAUUUAGAUUUUCCAUCAUAGCAGAAACUUGGCAAAUGCACAAACGAGGAUGGUUUUUUGAAGAAAUACGAGGAAGAUAUGAAAAGUAACGUUAAUGCUUAAUAAACGAAGAUUCAGUUGUCAACAGCAUACAUAGCACAUCAACCAAAGAAUCGUGGAAGAAUCUCUAUUGACUAGGACUCCUGCCCACCACCCAAAUAUUGUAGAGACAUGACGCUCUGGUUCAAGUUAAAUAUUCCACUUGAUAGAUAGUUCACGACACUCCAAAAGGUGAAGAUUUGUGCUGUAAGGCGAUUUACAGUUUACUAAUCAGUAUACUGUAAUCGAAGUGGUUACGGAUCACUGAGUUCUACGUCACGUGGAGUUGGCAAACCUUGUAUACAGGUUUGCCAACUCCAUAUUACACUAUGUUACCGUUAGUAUAUCUCGUCACCUAAAUUUCGCAACCUGAUUUCAAACACAAAGAACAAUCUAGUUUAGAAACUGGAGUGUUGUUUUCUGUGUUCUGUUUAAAACCAGGUUGCGAAAUGUAUGAACACUAUGUGCCUAUCGUCAAUAAGGCACAUAUUGAAGAGUCAAGGCACCCUUACAAAUUGUGGACCUCGUUCUCACAAACUGGUGGAGUUCUCACAAACUCCACCAUUUCAUAUUCUCUCUAAAAGACCUGCGCAUAGUCUUCGGAGUUUGUAUUAAUCAUAUAUUGGAAAUUGUAUGUUCCAGCAUUUGCUCCCAGGAUUUCUUCUCAGAUUUACCUAGUGUUUCGACUUAAUAAGGCC